AUGCGUCUAAAACAAGUGAUCGCUAGUGACAAAGCCGUCACUGGAGGCGGCGCGCCGGGCGUGGCCGGCGUCAGUCGUACCGCUGGCGGCACGAUACGCGCUCCGCUGCUCCUGACCCUGCUGGACGGCUGCUGGUGCGCGCGGGCGGCACCACCCACCCUCCAGCUGGUGCACGUGCUGUACCGUCACGGCGCCCGCACGCCGAUCAACCCGUAUCCGACCGACCCGAACCGGGGCGCCUGGCCGCAGGGCGACGGUCAGCUGACGAAUGAGGGGAAGCGGAACCAGCUGGAGCUGGGCCGCUACCUGCGGCGGCGGUACGACGGCUUCCUGCCGGCGGCCUACCAUCUCAACUACACGCGCGUCGAGUCGACUGACGUGGACCGCACGCUAAUGUCGGCGCAGGUCAACCUGGCCGGUCUGUACCCGCCGCAGGGCGCUGAUGUGUGGGACGCCCAGCUGGCCUGGCAGCCGAUCCCCGUGCACACGCGGCCCGUGCAGACCGACCUCAAGCUGAAGUCGUACGAAUGGUGCGCCGCCUACCAGCGCGAGCGCGAACGCGUGUUCGAGUCGCCCGAGAUGGCGGCGUUGGUCGCACGGAACGCCGCGCUGUUUGCCUACCUCGGCGAGCACAGCGGCAAGGACGUCACCGACCUUGAGAAGCUCAGCUACCUGUACGACACGCUUUGGAUCGAGGCGUACCACAACCUGACGACGCCGGACUGGGCCUUGGCGCCGCCGCCGGGCGCCACCGCCCCCGCCUUCCCCGACCUGAUGAAGCCGCUGAACGACAUCGAGUUCGGCGUGUUCGGCGCCACGCCGUUGCUACGCCGUCUGGGCGGCGGUCCGCUGCUGAAGGAGAUGCUGGAGAACAUGCAGGCACGAGUGGAUGGCACGCUGCAGCCGCCCAGCCGGAGGAUGUUCAUGUACUCGGCGCAUAAUGUGAACGUCGCCUGUGUCCUCACCACGCUGCAGGUCUACAACGGCCUAGCGCCGCCGCUGUCCAGCUGCCUGUUGGUAGAGCUGCACUCGGACCCGGACGCGGGGCCGCUGGUGCAGCUGUUCUACAGAAACGACAGCUCCACGGAGCCGCACCAGCUGCAGCUGCCUGGCUGCGACGUCAGCUGUCCGUGGAGCGAGUUCGUGCGCCUGACCAAGAACGUGGUGCCCGACGAUGUUGCCGGGAAUGCAAGGACGAAGACGUCUUGCACGGAUGCCAGCCUGUUCCUUCGCAGCCUGCUCUACGAGCACACGGUCUGA